AAUGGAACAAUUUGAACAAGAAAAAAAGAGUGAAAUGGUGGAAUUAGCUUGUGAAACAGUAAAAAAGAGAAUAAAGAAAGGUUAAGCAAAGAAAAAAUAAACUAAUGAAUAACCACUUGAAAAUUGUAGUAUCUGCUAUGGUGAAAUAAUUGAUAAAGUAAAUUAAUUAAUAUAAUAAUAGGGUAUCAUUUAAACAUGUAAACAUACAUAUUGUUUUUAAUGCAUUGAAAUUUGGGCUAAAGAAAAGUAAACUUGUCCUCAAUGCAGAGUUAAAUUUAAUAAGAUUCAAAGAGUAUGGAAAUAAGGAAAGGCAAAAAAAUAAAAAAUGUACAAUUAUCGUUCAAAUGAAAUGAACUUUAAUGAUGGUAAUCUAAUUUCUAUAAAUUUGAUUUAUCAAUAAAUUAUAGCGAUGCCCUAAAUCUCUUUUAUGGACUUAGGUUUCAUAGAAAUUAGUUCGGAUUCAGAAUGA